UGUUACUCUAGUGUUCGCUAAUUGUAUGGGCUGCAUUUAGGAAAUGCAGCCUUCUAAAGUUUGCUUUCACUUUGCACAGCGUGGAUUCUGUAGCUAUGGCAAUAGUUGCCGCUUCGUGCACGAGCGCUCUGGGUCCUUUGUUACUGGAAGUUCAUCUUAUGGCUCUGGGCGGUGGGCAGCCUCCCAAAAUGCCCGAGGCGGCCAAUAUCGGAGCAGCGAGCCCUUCGGUCGGCAACAAAGCUAUACAAUUUACCAUGAACAACAACUACAAGUAGUCCGGGCAACCUCAUCGCGACCUAGCUGUGCGCCACGGGCCCGCAAUGAGCGGGAUUGGAGUACUCCCAGCACCCUUGAGCCUCAAGGGCCGUGCCUCGAGUUCCGCUUCAUGUCAUGGAACGUAUUAGCUGCCGAGCUGGCGCACACGCACGCACCGGAGUUGUACCCUCACGCGCGGCCCGCCUGGCUGGACUGGCGUGGGCGGCUGGCGGCGGUGGUGGAGCAUGUGGCUGCGCAGCGGCCUGACGUACUGUGCCUGCAGGAGGUGGACGACUGGCCUGGCAUCCGCAGCGCCCUGCUUCCCCUGGGAUACGACGGAGUGCAUGUGCAACGCACGGGCGGCAGGGGGGACGGCUGCGCCACCCUCUGGCUCCGAGACCGACUGCGACUCGCCAAGCCACGACCCAAGUCGCGGCGCGGCACGGCAGCAUCUGGGUCGGCAGUGGAGGCCCCAUCCGGAGCCGGUCAGGGCGAGGGGUUGCAGGAUGGUGGGUCCAACCAGCGCAGCAGCAGCAGCGGCGGCAAGAAGCCUAGACACCCCGGCGUGCACAAAAUUCGCAUGGCGGAUCACGGGCUGAAGGACAAUGUGGCCCUGCUCGUGCACCUGACGCCGGUGAAGCCACGCGAGAGCGAAGACAACAGCGGCGGCGGCAGCAGAGAACGAGGAGGAGGUGAAGGAGGAAGAGGAGGAGGGGCGCGGGCGGUGGGAGAGGUUAAUAUGGAGGUUGAGGAGGGCAGUGACGGCGAAGGCGGGCGGCUGAAGCGGAGUCGCCAAGCGGCGCGCAGCAGCGACGCCAGCGCUCAGGCCUAUCCGCAGCAGCAGGAGGAGGAGGAGGAGCAUGAGGAUGUAGAAGUCGUGGAGGGUAGCGAGGGCAGUGAGGACGGGUCACGGCCAUCUGGGUCGCAGCAGGGUCGGCGGCAGAAGCGCUCCCGAUGCAGCUCCGACCCAGAGGAUGAGGACGACGGCUCCAUGCACGGCGGCAGCGGCGGCGGCGGCAAGGACAGCGCUGGCACAGGUACGGCAGCGGAGGCGGAUUCCGCCAGCGCCGCCGCCGCUGCGGAGGCCAUCGCAGCUCUUCGGCCGUACUCUCAGCCCGGCGGCGCCGCCACCGCUUCCACCAAGGGUACCUCAUCAGGACGGCAGAGCUGCAGCGGCGCUGAGGAACCCCCCGCUGCAGGCGCCGCCGUCACCACACCGGCGGCCGCCUCCUCCGCUCGGCUGCCCCUCCACCUGCGGCGGGGCUUCUGGGUGGCCAACACGCACGUGCUGUUCAACACCAAGCGCGGCGACAUCAAGCUGGGGCAGCUGCGGGUGAUUCUCACAGAGCUCGCGCAGCGGGCGGCGCAGGCGGAGGCACGUGAGGAGGAGGAGGCGCGUGGGGAGGAGGAGGGCGGGCAGCCAAGGCAGCGUUCACGGCGGAGGUCGAGCGCAGCGGGCAGCGGUGCGGCGGGGGCUGCACCGGCAGCGGCGGCGCUGCCGUGCAUCUUUGCGGGCGACUUCAACACGGCUCCCGGCAGUGGCCUGUACCGCUUCCUCCAGCGGGGCGAGCUGCAGCUGGCGGGGGAGGACAGGAGGGAGCUGUCGGGCCAGGUGGAGGGGUACGGCUACUCCUCCCUGCAGCAGGACGCGCGGUACGGCAGGCCUCCACGACUGACCAGGUGGGUACCGCCGCCGCCGCUACACCAGCAAGAGGAGCAGCAGGCGGAGGAGCGGUCCGCACGGCGCUCUACAUCUGCAGCUGCUGGGGCUCGUGAAGAGGCUGGCGGGGGUUCCGCCGCUGCAUACGUGUCAGACACAGAGCAAUGGCGAAGGCAGCGGCAGGAGCAGCUCCAGCAACGGGGUGUAAGAGGCGGAGAUGGCCCGCAGGGCGGCGCCGUACGGCACUCAUCGUACUCCGUACGGUGGGACAUGGAGGAGCUAGAGAACGCCAUGGGCCGUGUUGCGCUGGAGCAGGCGGUCGCACGAGCGUCCUCCUCCUCAGCAGCCUUAUCCGCCUCCGGGCCGGCGGCGCGAGGGCUAUCAGGAGUGGGGUCACGGUCCUUUAGCGCUGGCGAUCGGAGUAGCGACGGCGGCGGAGGCGGGGCUGUUGUACGAACGCUGACGGAGGCGGAGCCGCUGCCGCUUGGCGGCCGCCAGCACCCCACAUCAUGGCAGGGUAACGGCGGCGGAGGCGGCCGCGGACAGGGACGUGGCGGCGGCGGCAGGGGAAACGGCAGCAACGCAGCGUCGUGGGGUUCAAUCAAGGACGCCGCCGUGGUGCGGCACCCGCUCACGCUGCGAAGCGCCUACGCUGCCGCUGACCCGGCGGGUCGCGAGCCGCUGUUCACGACGCUGCAUGCGCGGUACGUGGGUACGGUGGACUUUGUGUGGUACACGCCGGGAGCUGCGGAACCCGGGGAGGCGCCGGGAGCUGAGGGGCCCGAGGGGUGCCGACGUGAGCGGGGCGGUAGUGCGCCCCGGAUGCAGGGGGUCGCAGCGGGUUUCAGGCUGGCGCCGCUGCGGGUGCUGCAUCCGCCGGAUCCACUGGCGUAUCCGUACGGCAUGCCGUGUGAUGGGUGGCCCUCGGACCAUGUGUCUCUUGUGGUGGACUUCAGGCUGAGCUGAGGGGUGAAGCGGCGGGUGCGGACAUGGGCUAAGCCCGAGGGUUGAAGCAGCUGGGAUGCAAUGAUUGGUUAGCGCGCUUGCUUGGGUGGUGCGUUCUGGGUAGUGGCGCUCAGUCAGGACUGUAUCUUCGUGUGCACAUAAUCUACAGGCGGGUGGCUUGGGGCGCAUGGUUGUAUGCAGCGAUGAGUUGGUGUAUUCGUGCAGUACCGGCGGCAUGUAGCAGCAGCAGCAGUCAGCAGCAAUCGCGGCUCUGUUCAUGUGCGGCACAUGGAGCUAGGGGCACUCGAAGAAUGAGGUCUAGUAGCCAAGUGAUGCUGAGAUACGCAGCGGCAAUAGCACAGGAUUGCGUAAUGGAAGCAUACCUGUAGCGUAGCACCAUUGCAGCACGCAUAGGCAGAUGGCGCUUUACAUUCACAUACAAUGUGAUGCUUUCUGCUUCACAUUGGGCAGCACCUACCAUUUGGGCAGCGUCCUAUCUCGGCCGUCUGCUAUUCGUAAUUACAGCUGUAAGCUAGGCAUUAUAUACUACCUUGCUGUGUUCGAAAGGAUUGUUAAACGCGUUGACUAUAGCCAUGGCGUGAGUGUACAUGUAGGAGAGCUAAGGAGCCUGUGUAUGAAGUGGUGUGUUGUACGACAAGCUAUGUGCCUAGUAACUGCUGGUUCCCAGCACACCCCAGAUACCCCAUGGCAUCACAGGUACCGACCUAACUGUCUCUAAAAUCCGGAAGGC